UCUAAGUCGGUCGGAAGCACUCUGUGGAGAGAGGAUCUCUUGACUGGAUCUCCGUGCGACUGGCGGGCCUUGCCUCAGUGGGGAUUUUCUGCGGUGCCCGCUGGCGUUCUUCGCUGUCAGGAAGAGUAAAUCUGUUUGGAACCCUCCCGGCCUGCUUCUGGAAAGGCGACAAGGUCCUGGAGACGCCUUCAAGCCCGCGGCGUCCGCUGUCGCCCGGCAGUGCUGACAGAAAAAAAUGGCUACUGGACAGGAUCGAGUGGUUGCUCUGGUGGACAUGGACUGUUUUUUUGUUCAAGUAGAGCAACGGCAAAAUCCUCAUUUGAGGAACAAACCUUGUGCAGUGGUACAGUACAAAACAUGGAAAGGUGGUGGAAUUAUUGCAGUGAGUUAUGAAGCUCGUGCAUUUGGGGUCACUAGAAACAUGUGGGCAGAUGAUGCUAAGAAAUUAUGUCCAGAUCUUCUACUGGCACAAGUUCGUGAGUGCCGUGGAAAAGCUAAUCUCACCAAGUACCGAGAAGCCAGUGUUGAAGUGAUGCAGGUAAUGUCUCAUUUUGCUAUCAUUGAACGUGCCAGCAUCGAUGAGGCUUACAUAGAUCUGACGAGUGCUGUACAAGAGAGACUACAGAAGCUGCAGGGUCAGCCCAUCUUGGCAGACUGGUUGCCAAGCACUUACAUUGAAGGAUUGCCUAAAGAUCCAACAAGAGCAGAAGAGGCUGUUCAGAAAGAGGAAGUGCGAAAACAAGGCUUACUUGAGUGGCUUGAUUCUCUUCAGAUGGAUAACAGCAGCUCUCCAGACCUGCAGCUCACUGUGGGGGCAGUGAUUGUGGAGGAAAUGAGAGCAGCCAUAGAGAGGCAGACCGGUUUCCAGUGUUCCGCUGGAAUUUCGCACAACAAGGUCCUAGCAAAGCUAGCCUGUGGUCUAAACAAGCCAAACCGCCAGACUCUAGUCUCACAUGGGUCAGUGCCGAAGCUCUUCAGCCAAAUGCCAAUUCACAAAAUCCGUAGUCUUGGAGGAAAGCUUGGGGCCUCCGUCAUUGAAAUCCUAGGGGUAGAAUACAUGGGUGAACUAACCCAGUUCACGGAAUCCCAGCUCCAGAAUCAUUUUGGAGAGAAGAAUGGGUCUUGGUUGUAUGCCAUGUGCCGAGGAAUUGAACAUGAUCCAGUUAAACCCAGGCAGCUACCCAAAACCAUUGGCUGUAGCAAGAAUUUCCCAGGAAAAACAGCUCUAGCUACACGGGAACAGGUGCAGUGGUGGCUCCUACAAUUAGCCCAAGAACUAGAGGAGAGAUUGACCAAAGACCGAAUUGAUAAUGACAGAGUGGCCACCCAGCUGUGUGUGAGCGUUCGAGUGCAAGGAGACAAGCGUCUCAGCAGCCUACGCCGUUGCUGUGCCCUGACCCACUACAACGCUCACAAGAUGAGCCAGGAUGCACUUGCUGUCCUCAGGAACUGUAAUACUGCUGGAACCCAUACUGAAUGGUGA